GUGAGGUCACUCGUACCAUCCUGGGAAGGCACUCCCGGGCAGCAGCCGAGACAUACGCGAUUUACUCGCGAGACCUCAUUGUUGCACCGACCAGAGAGCUUCAAGGAGUAAUCAAUAAGGUGCCGCAGACUGAGACUUGGUUCGUGAAUGAGAAGUCACACAUCCUCCAUGUUUUGAGCAAUGCUGCAAGCGGUGAUGACUUUUUGCACCGCGACAUCCCUCACGCGGCCAUGGCGUCCAUUUUGGACAGCGAAGCUCAGUUCGAUCUACGGUCGAAUGAAUGCAAGGUUAUCGAUCAGCAGGAGUUCACGGCUUGGGUGAGGACGCUGGAACCUCAUGCUACAUUGGGCGGCAUUGCGAGUUUGCGUAGGUUGACUUUUGAAAGCCAAACGCAACUUUUAGCGUUGCUAAAGGAGCAGGUGACUGCGCCUGAAGCAAUGCCGCGCAAAGUACCACAGGCUGAGCGUGAGGCUCGCUUGGCUUUGGUGCAAGGCAGGUUGAACGGCGUUUUGAUUGAAGGGGUGAUGGAGCCAGGUCAUGCGCUCUUAGAUGCGGUGGUACAUAUGGUGGAGAAGAAUCAGUUCAAAUAUCUGAGCCCAGACAGGUGCAUCUCUCGUGUGCACGAACUCACAAACCAGAAGACUCCUGAUCGCAUUUUGGAAAUUGAAGCGAACAAAAUCGUGGUGAAGAACCAGGACGAAGGUUUAGAGGUUGCGGCUCACUCUUCACUGCAGAUAUUGGAGGCACUCAAACGCAGGGGAAUCGCAUUAGAGUUUGGCGAUUGUAUGGAUUACAACAAGCGUGAGAAGUACUUGCAGACUCUUUUCCAACAUCUCCAUCGCGAGCCGCCGCCGGGGUUUCAACGUUGCACAGUUUCUCAACUUGUGGCCGCCGACAAAGAGGCUUGGAAGCGUGUGAUUGAGUUGAACGUCAAGCCUAGGCGUGCGGAAGAUGGUUCGCGCCCCCUUGACACCCAAUUGUUGCAGGCUCUCACAUCGUAUGAGGUUUCCUUCACGUUGAUUCCUUUGCCGUCCAAGCCGAAGCCUGAACCUAAGCGUGACAAGGGUGAUUACCAAUUGCAAGAUGGUUCUAAGGGCAAAGGUAAACCUUUGACCGGGCCCAAGCCUUUGCGCUCUGAGGAAUUCCCUGAUGGGCUUCCAAACUUGAACACUUUGGAUAGGAUUAGGGAGACCGCUUAUCCGUUACAAUUGGCGUACACCAUUGCCCACGCUUUUGCAUCCAUCGCAGUUGAUCGAGGCUGGUCACCGCCCGGGCAACCGCUCACCCCUCCGUCCAAGGUCCACUAUGCCUUUUUACGCGCGGUGGUUGGCCAGCAACCAAAAGCCUCAAGACUUCCACCGGUCUUGUCGGAGUAUGCUGAGGUCAUCCAUAGGCACUUUAAUCCGCAAACCUUGCCGAUCCAGCCUGGACAGCUCUUGCCCUCAGACUGGCAAGACAUUCCUGCAGGCUCUAAGUUCCUCAAGUACACUCCGCUACGGUUAACUGGGGGUGACGGUAAUAGGAAUGUAGGAGAAGUUGAGGCAGGCAAAGUCAGCGGUGCUUUUGGUGUCUACAGAAGUCCUGACGUGUUCGUCAAAGAGGCGGAAGAAGACCAGAUCAGACAAUCGUUGCCGGAUCAUGCGAAAGCCAUACUCGCCCCCAAGCGCAUUGCACUUUGGACGCACUUGCUUCGUGAGUAUAAUUACCCUGACCAAGGGGUGGUUGAUGAGCUCAUAGGGGGUGUGCGGUUGACGGGUCCAGUGCCUAGGUCUGCUGUCUUUGAACACUCCUUCAAGCCUGCUCUCCUUACCGAGGGGGAGUUGCAGAAGGGGGCGCCAGCAUCUAGGGCUGCCUUAAUCCACAGUGUAAGAAGUAGCGGGGAUGCUUUCAUUGACGCCGAGGUUUACAGGAAAACUCAGGAAGAGGUGCGACUGAUAGAUGAUUUUUCCUGCAGCAUGGUGAACCAGACCACGCAGGUGGAGACCACACCACAGUUGCACACUCUGGAUGUGAUUGCUGCCCUCCUGCUUGAGCUGGCUAAAGAGUGGGUUGGAAAGACAGUGGAUUUAGCAGCGGCUUACCGACAGCUGGCAAUCUCUCCACAAAGCCUUUGGGCAUCAUAUGUAGCAACCUUUAACCCCACCAGUCGUCGUGUAGAAAUAUACCAAGUGCUUGCAUGGCCUUUCGGGGCGUCCAGUUCGGUGUACGGGUUCAUCCGCGUGGCGCACUCCCUUUGGUGGUUGGGGUGCGUGGGCCUGGACUUUGUUUGGACGUCGUUCUACGAUGACUUUGUCACUUUAGCCAGGAACGGUGAGCAAGACCUGGUGGACAGGGCUGUCAAACAGGGUGACAAGGACCAACCGUUUGGCCAAACCUUUUGUGCGCUGGGAGUCGAGAUCUCCUUCAAAUCUUGGUCUAAAGGCAUUGCCGUUUGGCAGAAUACCAAACGCAGGAUUCGUGAGCUUGUUGAGACCAUCGACAAAAUCCUUGAAGCCGGAGAGUUGGCGCAGCCGCUUGCACUGUCGCUGCGAGGGCGCAUGCAAUUCGCUAGGUGCCAGAUCUGGGGCAGGUCCAGCAAGAUUUGCUUGAAUGCUAUCACAAACCAUGCAUACGGCGGGCCGAGCAAGAAGCUUAGCCCUGAG